UUUGGUUGCACUCUGUCCGUUACUUGAAAACCGUUCAUUGAACUAACUUAAUAUGGAAUAUAUACUUAUAUUUCAGUUUGUGUAAAUUGUGUCGUAUAAAUUUUCAGAUAUGUGCAGACUAGAAAUAAGGGGUAUCUUAUUUUUAAGUGCAGCUGGCUAUUUCUAUCCAUUACCCAGCUACGGUGAAUGCGUUGAAUUCAUUAAGCGCUGCUUAAGUGACACAUAGCUAAUAUAGUGUGAAGCUGCAGGUUAGUAUCGAAUGUCAUGUAAUUGUUGGGUUAACCUUGUUUGGAAAACCGGACUAUUAUAGCAUUGCAGCAUUUUGUGAGCUGUAAAUGUCAUUCGAUUGUACGAAGACUUGCACGAAAUGGCAACAAUCAGACAAUCUCGAUCGUUAAGCUUAUAGCUACACGCCAUUAAGCUUUCCGUGUAAAAGGUGUUUCUAGGCUAACGUUAUAGUAUAUUAUUUAUUUUUGUUUGUCAGUUCAUCAAUGGCAAGCAAAGAAUGCGAAACACAAUGGAGACACAACCCAGAGACAUUUACAGUAAGAAAUCGGAAAGCUUGCACGAAAACGGUUGAACCGAACUUGAAAAUGCCUGACGGGACUGAGAAAGCAAUGCCUGGGAGCGGUAAUGACGACAAUCAGCAACGACAACGCGGCGAUUCGCAAACUUUAAAUGGCGCAGUGAAACCGAUGCUUAAGUUAAAAAUCUGCAUGACAAAGUCUGACAAACGAUGUACCGCACUCUCAUUCGCUUUGGUGGUGUUACUGUCCUUCUCCACACGCUUUUACAAGAUCCUGGAGCCACCUCAUAUAUGCUGGGAUGAGACCCAUUUUGGAAAAAUGGGCAGCUACUACAUCAACAGGACUUUCUUCUUUGAUGUCCACCCACCUCUUGGCAAAAUGCUGAUUGGUUUAGCUGGGUACAUGACUGGCUAUGAUGGCACCUUCCCAUUCAACAAACCAGGGGACAAAUACGAACAUCAUAACUACUGGGGCAUGCGAGGGUUCUGCGCACUCCUGGGCUCGUGCCUGCCCCCUUUCGCCUACCUCACGGUGCUGGAGUUGACCCAGUCGCCUCCAGCAGCCCUCAUCACUGCCACGCUGCUGGUCUUUGACACUGGAUGUAUCACCCUCUCCCAGUACAUCCUACUGGAUCCCAUCCUGAUGUUCUUCAUAAUGAGUUCAGUGCUGAGCAUGGUCAAGUUCAAUCUGCAAAGAGAGCGGCCCUUCAGUGCCCCCUGGUGGCUGUGGCUGCUAUUAACAGGGACCAGUCUGGCCGGUGCUCUAGGGGUGAAGUUUGUGGGACUGUUUGUCAUCCUGCUGGUGGGACUGAACACGGUAUUGGACCUCUGGAGACUGCUGGGAGAUCUGGAGCUCUCUCUGUUUGAAUUUGGGAAGCACCUCCUGGCCCGGGUGUUUGGGCUGAUCCUGCUCCCCCUGUCCUUGUACAUCAUGAUAUUUGCUGUCCACUUUGUUGUCCUGAACAAGAGUGGUCCAGGAGAUGGCUUCUUCAGCUCAGCCUUCCAGUCGCGACUGGUUGGGAACAAUCUGUACAACGCUUCCAUGCCUGAAUACCUGGCGUAUGGCUCCACUAUUACAGUGAAGAACCUGCGGAUUGCGGGUGGGUACCUCCACUCCCACUGGCACCUGUACCCGGAAGGGGUGGGCGCCCGGCAACAGCAGGUCACCGCCUACCUCCACAAGGACUUCAACAAUCUGUGGCUCGUCCAUAGACCGGAUGGUGCCAAUGAGCAGCCUGGAGCCCCGGACCUCGUCCGACAUGGUGACAUCAUCCGAUUGGAGCACAAAGAGACCACUCGGAACCUGCACAGUCAUCUCCAUGAGGCACCCCUCACCAGGAAGCACUAUCAGGUCACAGGCUAUGGCAUUAAUGGCACAGGCGACCCUAAUGACCUGUGGCAGGUGGAGGUGUGCGGCGGCCGGCGGGGCGACCUGAUCAAGGUGCUGCGCAGCAAAGUGCGCUUCCGGCACCGCACCACCGGCUGUGUUCUCUACUCCUCCGGCAAGACCCUGCCCAAAUGGGGAUGGGAACAGGUGGAGGUGUCCUGCAGCCCCUAUGUGAGAGAGACACCCAACUCACAGUGGAACAUUGAGGAUCACAUCAACCCCAAGUUGCCCAACAUUAGCCUGGCUGUGCUGAAGCCGUCCUUCCUGGAGAUCCUCGUGGAGUCCCACAUUGUCAUGAUCAGGGGUAACAGUGGCCUGAAGCCUAAAGAUAAUGAGGCACACUCUAAACCCUGGCACUGGCCUAUCAACUAUCAGGGCUUGCGGUUCUCUGGAGUGAAUGAGACGGAGUACCGCGUAUAUCUGCUUGGAAACCCUGUAGUCUGGUGGCUGAACCUGUUCAGUCUGGGCCUGUAUGUGCUCAUGGUCUCCGUAGCUGCUGUGGCAAUCCAGAGGGGAGCUUCCCUGUGGGAGAGAAGCAGAGAGCAUUGCCGGGUGCUGAAGGAAGACGGGGGCUUUCUCUUGCUGGGAUGGCUGCUGCACUACGUGCCCUUCUACACCAUGGGCCGCAUCCUCUACUACCACCACUACUUCCCUGCCAUGCUCUUCAGCAGCAUGCUCACAGGGGUGACCUGGGACACUUUGCUGCAGUGUAGCGACCUGCUGCUACCUCCAUCCCCUGCCUAUUGUCUGCAGAGAACGGGCCAGGCCAUGCUCCUACUGGCUGUCGUCUACAGUUUUUACCUAUUCCACCCCCUCUCCUAUGGCAUGAGGGGACCUCUGGCCCAUGACCCUGCCAGCCCAAUGGCUGGUCUUAGGUGGAUGGACUCCUGGGAAUUUUAAAGGCUCUAAAGACGAGAAAACCAUUGACUGUUCCAGCCGAGCCUCAAAACACUGCCUUAAUUUUUGGUGGAUUACCACUACACCACAGUGCGUUCUUUUAUACACCUGCUACUCUUAAAAUGUACAUUGAGAUUUGGAGAUGCACAG